AUGUCAACGAUUGAAAAGAGUGGGGUGAGUGCUGAAGUGCCACAGCAGCGUGUGGCUUUACCGAUCCAACGCACACAUCAACGAUUUCUUCUUCGCCAAUUGCAAUUCACACAACAGUAUGCAGCCAUGUAUCGUUGUAGACUGGAAUCCCUACAGCAACGUGCCUUAUCUGCACUCACGGCAAAGAUAAAUACAUCAAAUCCUCCCAAUGGUGAAUCUAUACCAUCCUUAUCACCUCUUUUAGAACUUCAAACAGGCCAACGGGCUCUUUGUGUGGGUGUUAUUUACAAACAAAUGCGUUUACUUCCAUCUUUUCUUCAUGAAUACCAAAAAGAAUUAGUUCGUAUUGAGACAGGUGAGGAAGAAGAUGGUGUGGAUAAGGCAGAUGCCGCUGAUAUUCUCUGUGAUCUUCCACCCUCUGCAGAUGAUCCAGAUACUCCAUUAGGAGCAGGAGAUGCUGGUUCUGAAUUACUUGUAGGAGAACCAAAUAAACAGCAUGAGCAACAUACAUUGUGUAGAACAACAGAUGAGGUGUUUAUAGAAGAUAGCAGUGGUCGAGUACUUCUUGAAAAUAUAUCUCCUGAGUUACUUUGUACUGGUUUAGUGAUAAGUGUAGAUGGAACCCUUCAUAAAAAUGGAUGCCUUAAAGUACACAGCUAUGCUAUGACAGAUUUAAGAGAUAUAUACAUACCACGUACACUACAUGAUUAUUCACAACUUAAACCAUGCUAUAUAGCGUUUGUGUCUGGUCUUGAAUUGGGAUAUCCACAGAUGGAAGAUCCAGAAGUCGUGCGAAACCGGACAAUGAUAGAACUUUUAGUAGAUUAUCUUAGUGGUAAUGUUGGGGAUGAAAAUAUGACGACACAGGCCUCACAAAUUGCACGUUUGGUCAUUGCUGGAAAUAGUAUUGCUCCUACAGAUGAACUAAAGUUAAAAAAGAAGGUCAAAUUAGAUCCUUCUGAUCAUGUCCGUCUUGGUGAUGAUCGUCGUGGAACGGGAGUGGUAAACUCCGCUAUGCUUAUGAGUGAAUUGGAUAAAAUUCUAACUAGAGUAGCCGAUACGAUUGAGGUGGAUCUUAUGCCAGGAGAUUAUGAUAUGUCUAACGCCUUUCAACCACAACAACCUCUUCAUCCACUUUUACUUCCAGAAGCGGCAAGACGUUCUUCACUAAAACUAGUGACAAACCCUCAUGAAUUCUCUGUAUUUCCCAAUACAAGUACAAUACCAAAGUUAACCUCUACAGGAAAACCAACAGAAGGUGGUACUUCAUUUUUUAUUUCAUCUGGUAGUAGUUUAAAUGAUGUUUGCCGUGAAACUAUAUAUCCUUCACGUCUGGAUGCCAUGUCUAUGAUGCUUCAAAGUGGUUGUGCUUGUCCAACAGCACCUAAUACACUCUUUAGUUAUCCGUUUAAAGAUUCAGAUCCAUUUUUAUUUCAAUCUGCACCCCAUUGUUUUAUUUGCUGUGAUCAACCUGAAAUGCAAACACGAUGGGAGUCUUUGGAAUCUUUUGGCCCACUCAAAGAUGCUGCUAUGGAUGAAGAAGGAUAUGAAAACAAUGAUGCUGGUGUUCGACUUGUUUGUGUACCAUCCUUCGCACGAACUGGUGUACUUGUGCUGGUGAAUGUAAAUUCCCCACAUCUAGAUACCGUAACGGUGAACUUCAGUUCUGCAUCAAAUGGAACGUCGUAA